AUGCAGUUCUCCAUCGUCAAGAGCCUCCUCUUCCUCCUUCCCCUCGCCGCCCCUCUGGCACGGGCUGAUGGCGUCUCGGACGUGCUCAACGCGGUGAACGGCGCCUCCAAUGCCGUAUCAGACUUCUUCGGCGCCGACGGGCCCGGCGGCAAGAUCAGCGCCCUGCCCGACUGCAUCGACAACUGCCUGAAGACGACGGCCGCGGACCUCAAGUGCGGGGCCUCGGACGUCAAGUGCCUCUGCGGCGCCGACGACGGCGUCAACUGGGAGAACAAGGUGCGCGCCUGCAACGCCAACAGCACAAACCCCCAGGACAAGUGCAGCGACGACGUCCUCAGGAAUUUUGACCUCAGCGACAUGUGCGUGGCUCUCAAGAACGCCACCGACGCCGUCAAUCAGGCCGGCGAUGCCUUUGGCCGCCUUCUCGGUCUGAACGCGGGCGCCUCACAAUCGGCCAGCAUGGUUACCGUUGGUGUAUUGGCUGCCGUGGCUGGUUAUGCUGUCAUGCUGCUUUAG